CACACACUCUCACAGGAGGACGUCAGGAGGACAGAUGUUUAGGUAGACAAGACGGACAGACAGAUAGAGAAAGCAGCAUGGCGUCCUUCAUCCCGGAGCACGGUCUGUCCCCCCCGCUGUGUGGACGCUCCCAGCAGGAGCUCCCGUCUCUGGGCCUCGACCCGUCCGACUUCAGCCUGUACAGCCCGCCGGCUCCUCCUGAGCCCGGCUUCUCUGCGCCAUCCUGGCUCCCGCCUUCCAGCGACCCGUUCGCCUGCUUCAGCAGCCCGGACACGGGCGCCAUCCCUGCGGCGGGAAUCCCCCCGGCCUUCUACCCGCACCUCUACGGCCUCCAGCGUCCCCUGCUCCCCGGCUGUCCCUGGUUCUCCCUGUCCACCACGGAUGACAUGCUGCGCCUGGUCCGCCCGCCAUACUCCUACUCCGCCCUCAUCGCCAUGGCGAUACAGAGCACGCCCGAGCAGCGGCUGACGCUCAGCCAGAUCUACCAGUACGUCUCCGACAACUUCCCGUUCUACAGCCGCAACAAGGCCGGCUGGCAGAACUCCAUCCGACACAACCUGUCGCUCAACGACUGUUUCCGGAAAGUUCCCCGCGACGACAAAGACCCCGGUAAAGGAAAUUACUGGACUUUGGACCCAAACUGCGAGAAGAUGUUUGAUAACGGAAACUUUCGCCGCAAAAGGAAGAGGAAGGCCGACAACAUGACAACUGGCAAGAAACCUUCCUCCUCCUCCUCCUCCUCCUCCUCCUCCUCCUCUUCAUCAGAGCCCAGCCCUAAAAUUCCCAGCAUGCACUGCAGUGGCGGCGGCGGCACAGAGCUCGCUGCUCUCUCGGACGCUCCCCCCGGCGUCAGCAGCUUCCUGUGUCCCUCCCUCCCCCCUCCUCUUCCUCCUCACGCCUCCUCCUCACUGUACAUGCAGGUGUCGGAUCACGCCUCCCCGCCGCCGCCGCCUCCUCCUCAGGAAUACUCGUACUCGCCCGGCGCUGUGGUGCCACAGUGGGACGCCUGCAGCUCCUCCUCCUCCCUCCAUCACUCCUCCCCUCCUCCUCUGCUCCCCUCCUCCCAGUUGACUCCCCCACACCUCUCCUCCUUCGCCGAUCCUCAGGCCGGCUCGCCGCCGCUCUACGCCGACCUGCAGACGGCGUGCGGUCUCCUGCCGGAGCUCCAGGAGGCCCAGCAGCUGCAGCAGCUUCAGGCCCAGUGCGGGGCUCUGUUCUCUGGGGGGUUCUGUGAGGCUCUGCCCCUCGACCCGCUGGUUCUCCAGCAGUGA